UUGCCAGGAAUAUAGUCGAAGCCUCUUCUACUUGAAGUCUUCAACACAACGUACGUACAAAACCUCUCUCUCUCUCUCUCUCUCUCUCUCUCUCUCUCACUCAUCGUGGCUGGUCUCUCCCUUGUGGAGAUUAUUUUCUUUUGAAAGUGAGAGGAGCUUCUUUCUUUUUCAGUGCUUUGAAGUAGGUGGGCCUUGUAUUCAUGGGAUGGGCACUGUGAUUUGAUAGCUGAAAUGUGUCUGUGAGGCUUGAUAAGUAUGCUUGCUCCAAAGGACUUGCAUGUAUGCCGUCGUUAUUCUCUUGAUAUAAAGGCAGCUUAGCGAACUGAUCUUCUCAAUAAUGACUGAAGAAGGUGAUUCGUAUCCAUCCAGGGAUAAGAGGAGAAUCCCAUUUUACAUUUUCUUUAAAAACGCCAGACUCAUUUUUAAACUGGAUGAACUUGGUUCAGAAAUAGCACAGAUUGCGUUGCCAGCUGCACUGGCUUUGACAGCUGACCCAGUUGCUUCUUUAGUUGACACAGCAUUCAUUGGCCAAAUAGGUCCAGUGGAACUCGCUGCUGUAGGAGUUUCUAUUGCUCUAUUCAAUCAAGUGUCAAGGAUUGCAAUAUUUCCCCUUGUCAGUGUCACAACCUCUUUUGUUGCAGAGGAAGAUACCAUUAGAAGUACAAGCCCUGAAGCACAGGAUUGUGACUACUUGGAAACAGGCUCAACAGUAGAGAGUGAGGAUAAAGAAUUGAUACCAAAAAAUGGUACAUGUGAGAAUGCAUACACUUCAAAACAAACUCGUGGUAGCUUCAAUAUAGUUAAGAUUGAGAAUAAAAGGAGGCAUAUUCCAUCUGCCUCAUCUGCCUUGGUUAUUGGCGGCAUACUUGGCCUCAUACAAGCCAUAUUCCUCAUAUCUGGUGCAAAACCUCUACUAAACUUCAUGGGAGUCGGUUCUGACUCUGCUAUGCUAACCCCCGCACAACGGUACUUGACAUUGAGGUCACUUGGUGCUCCUGCAGUUCUUCUCUCACUGGCAAUGCAAGGGGUAUUUCGUGGAUUUAAGGAUACAAAAACUCCUUUAUAUGCUACUGUGGCAGGAGAUGUAACAAACAUAAUACUAGAUCCAUUAUUUAUCUUUGUUUUCCAUCUGGGUGUCAGUGGGGCUGCCAUUGCCCAUGUAAUAUCACAGUACCUAAUUUCAGUUAUACUUUUGUGGAGAUUGAUGGCACAAGUUGAUAUCUUACCUCCAAGUAUCAAAUAUCUGCAAUUUGGUCGAUUUCUUAAAAAUGGUUUUCUUCUAUUAAUGAGGGUCAUUGCCGUGACAUUCUGUGUGACUCUGGCUGCAUCAUUGGCUGCACGCCAGGGAUCAACAUCCAUGGCUGCGUUUCAAGUUUGCUUGCAGGUUUGGCUGGCAACAUCACUUCUUGCUGAUGGCUUGGCUGUUGCUGGACAGGCAAUACUUGCAAGUGCAUUUGCAAAGAAGGACUAUGAUAAGGCUGAAGCAGCAGCAUCUCGAGUAUUACAGCUAGGACUGGUUCUUGGUUUGAUACUUGCUGUCUUCCUUGGAGUGGGACUGCAUUUUGGAGCACGAUUAUUUACAAAAGAUGUUAACGUCCUCCACCUCAUAAGUAUAGGCAUUCCGUUUGUUGCAGCUACUCAACCCAUAAAUGCGUUGGCCUUUGUUUUUGACGGCGUCAACUUUGGAGCAUCUGAUUUUGGAUAUUCAGCUUACUCAAUGAUUAUGGUGGCUAUUGUCAGCAUUUUAUGUCUAUUUAUUCUUUCCCCAAGUCAUGGAUUCAUUGGUCUCUGGGUUGCUCUGACUAUCUAUAUGAGUCUUCGAACAAUUGCUGGCUUUUGGAGAAUAGGGACAGGAACAGGCCCUUGGAACUUUCUCCGGAGCUAAAUGCAUCUUAGCUAUGGCGUGGUAUAUUCACAGAUCUGUCUCUGAAGUUGGUUUUGGUUUUAUUCCCGGGGAGCCUCUAUUGGUGGUCUAAGCAUUUUUUUCCUAGCUGCUUUCGUGUGGCAUGCAUAUUGCAUGCUUCGCGCUUGGUUCCUGGGAGAGACCUAGCUUGUCCUUAUAUUUAUUUGUUUGUACAGAAAAACUGGAAAAUCUUGGGUGAAAAAGAGAGUAUAAACAGAUGAAAUAUAGAAGAAUAAGAAGAGCAAGAGCAAGUAAUUCCCUAUUUAUACCCAUAAUGAUUAUUAGGGAAUGUUGUAAUAAUAUUCUUCCGACGUAAUAUGUCUUUCUAAUAAGUUGGCAGAUCAUAUUCCUUCA